AUGAGAGAUCAGGCAGCUGCAACCACGGGGGCGGCAGCGGCAGCGUCAGCGUCAGCAUCAGCUACUCAAGCCCCGGUUCCCAAGGCAUCAGGUCCUCAACCUGUGGCAUUUGACGCAACAGAGUGGCUCGGAAUAGAUGGAAACUGGUCGACGUAUGGAUUUCUGGUUGGAUCCAAUAAUUACAUCAAUGUUCUAUUCAGCACGUCACUAUCGGAAUUUUGGGCCGUAGGACCCGGAGGCUGCAAUAAGAAUGAUCCUCAUUGCAGUUCAGCCAGAGGCGGAAUUUACUAUCCCUCGGAUUCUAAGCAUUGGUCUGGAUUGGGAACGUGGGAGCUUGGCCUACCAGAUUUGGGGACAGGAGGCAAUGGGCAAUAUGGCUUCGACACGAUAGGAUCCAUCAGUGCCAUUACCAACAUCGCUUUUGGCAUGUCGAAUGUUCUCAUGUCAGCCAUCAACUCGACAGACUACUUUCUCGGAUACUUUGGUGUUGGAAUGAGGUCUGGUAACUUUGGCGACAUUGUUGCAACGCCUCCGUUGAGACAGGCCGUGGCGUCGUUUGGAUGGAUCCCAAGCUACAGUUAUGGGUACACUGCUGGAGCGUCUUACCGUAGCAUAGCUGGAUCAGCAACGUUGGGUGGCUAUGACGCGGCCAGACUCGUCAUGCAUGACAAGGUAUUCACAAUGAACCAGACUGAAGGUGUUCCUAGACCCUUGGUUAGAGGUAUCGAAGUUUCAACGAAUGGAAGCAGCAGCCGGCCUGGGGGCUGGGACUCAGGUACUCAAGUCCUGUUGGGCUAUGACAACGCGUUUACUGCGGUCAUCGACACGACGACACCGUACCUCUGGCUUCCCGAGGCGGUGUGUGACGACUUCGCCAGGACACUUAACUUGACCUAUAACAGCACUUUCCAGCUCUAUACCUUGACAAACGACCAGUAUCGCCAAUAUUCAUCAAACAGCUCCCUCGCCUUCACGUUUAGCUUUUCCAGCAUGGAUAACCGAGACAAUUUUGGAUCACCCCUUGAUGUUGCUGGAGUAGUGAAUAUUACGGUACCGAUCAAAGCCUUUGUCAGCGCAUUGAAUUACCCCUUUAAAGGUAUCGGCUACAGCGACCCUGCUGUUCCAUAUUUUACACUGAGGAAGACGACAAACAAUAGUACCAUUAUAGGAAAUGCGUUCAUGCAGGAAGCCUAUCUGAUGACCAAAUAUGACUCUGGGGUCUUUUCUAUUCACCAAGCCCAGUUCCCCAAUAAUCCGAUUCAGGGCGCAUUGUUGACCAAAAUUCCACGACCAAACAAUAGCCCAUAUCCUCCGCCCCCAGAUCAUAAUGGUGGCAGCGGUCUUACGACAGGAGAGAUGGUGGGCAUCGCGGUUGGAGCUGUAGCCUUCUUCAGCACACUUGUGUUUGCCUUUUUCUGCUAUCGACGACACAGGCGGCAGCAGCGCCGGCGAUCAGGCGAUGAUCUCGACGAUGGAAAGGAUUCAGCCUCCACACUCACUCCAGACUCCCCACAGAGCCCUGUGUCUCGGAUGUUCUCAAGGAUUGUUGGACGCAGACGAUCUCGAAGAAAUGGGGUGGCAAUGACUGCUGGUGGUGUCAACCCCUCCGAGGCCCCAGACCACGAAAUAUAUGAACUUCCAGCCCCCGCUGCUCCCGCCGAAUUGGAUGCCGGGGGCGGCGACGAUAAUUCCAUCUUGGGCGACACUGAUAUGGGCACUGACAGCACUCAGCAUCUCAGUGCUUACGAAAUCGCCAGGAGGAAGUUGGAUCGACAGCUUCAGGGUCCUGUGCCAGAGUACACGCCACCUGCCGACGGCGUCGUGCCACAGGAGGAGAAGCCGUCUGUUCCUGGGCUACGGCCAACUCUUCAAACUCAUUUGGCUGAUCAGCCAUCUCCGAUCUCACCAACCCGAUCCCGUGGCGCGGAGUCCACCUCGAACACGUUCCUUGCAUCAGAGCCAUCGCCCGUUUCUCCCCGUGGAGAUUGGAGUUCAGCCGAGCUUCCUUCGCCAGUCACAGCAUCCAUGCCACCGAGGUCAUAUUCAUCGGGCGGCACGAGAAGCGGCGGUCACUCAACGACUAGCCGAUCUUUGUCAGUGAAUUCAAAUGCCCCAGUCUCGCCAGUGACGGACACUAUGCCGGCGGUGCCCGCGGCUUUUCAACGGACACCUAUAGACCCGUCCAAGAUAGUGUGCCUGGGACCAUUGCCCGAGAAUGUUCAACUUCCUGGACAGAGCGCCGGAACAGGGUCUCGCAUCGUUGGUUCUGACGGGCGAAGCAUACCCGGUAACCUUUUCACGGCUGGAUCUCGCGUAUCCGAGGCCAGCCUGGGAAGCAAUUUCACAGAAGAAGAGGACAGAAUGGCUGAUGAAAUGUCUCGACAUCCCAGCGUGAGAAUGGGCCAAGGGCAUCAUGCAAAUGCCCUGAGUCGAUUAAACACAGAUCGACCACCGCUACCUUCACAACCAGAAGAGCAAGAAGGCGAAGAGUCUCCUAAGCCAGCAGAGUCGGACGAAUUACCCGAAGACGGCCGCAUCGACCCUGGCCGCGAUUUAAUCCACGUUCCUCAAAUGGCUGAUAAACGAUACAGCUGGGAAGAGGACAGGUCAUAA